UAUGUUGGAAGAGAUAUUUUGUGUCUUUGUUCCAAUAGAGUUCAAGAGGAUGAAUACAUUGCUGAGACUCUGAGAUGGUCACUUGACCUGUCAGUCACUCAUGGAGAUGUCUUGUUGUCUUUGAGCUCCUCAGUGAAGAAUCCAUCAUUUCCAGCAGUCUUAAACAUAAGUCUUACAUGUUCACACUCAGAGAUAUCCAACACUGACUGGACACUCUUCUUACAGACACUCAGCAAGGCAGGAAAACUAGCAGAAGACUCUUCAGCUCUUGAGGAUCAUGUCAGUUUGCUGCUGUCUUCAUUUCACUCAGUGGGUUUGAAGAAGUUGGAUCUGAAGGUGUUCAGUCUGAAUGAGAGCUGGGCUCUCAGGAUUCUCUCUCUCAUCCAGACCUGUAGCAGUCUGCAAGAAGUCUGUAUCAGUGUCACUGGUUUGCUGCUGAAGGAGGGACUCGAGUUCCUGUAUGAAUCACUGAAGGAUUCACACUGCACUGUGAACAUUGAAGGGAGGAAGUGCAGUAAACCCACUGACCAGUGCUCAGAAGAGGACUGGAGACACAGCUGCAAUGAGAAAGUGAAGAUUCACUUCAAACCAAAGGGUUUGGAAGAGCUGGAAAAGCUGAACAUCUCUGCACCUGAACCUUCUGAAAUGAAUCUUCACUGUCAGUCUUGUGUUCACAUUGUUGAUAGUGAUCAGUGGGUUCAGGUGGAGCCGUCAGUCUGUACAGAUGAAGGAGGGUCAAAGCUCAGGAUCAGCACUCAGGCGGGUCGAUUCGAGUGCAGCAGGACCAGAAUGCGAUGGGUCUGUGCUGGUGACGUCACUCUCCAGUACCGUGCAGUGGAUGGACAUUUCCUUAGUGCAGAGCUGAAGAGGCUUCAGUGUGAGCGAAUUGGUCCAGUGAUUGAUGUGACCGUGAUCUCAGGGAAACUGGAGGAGGCCCAUCUGCCUCACUACGCCUGUUUAGCAGAGUCUGACCCCUCUCUCAAUGAUGCUGUGAAGCUCCUCAGCAAAAGAGAUGAAGGAAUAUCUUUACAGUCUGUAGAGUUGACCCGUUAUCAUGCCAAAAUACUCCAACCAUCCUUCUCUCUUACAACUCUAAUUAUAAGCUGGAUCAUGAAGUGGGAAGAACACUGCAAUCUUCUUCUCUACAUGCGCUGUAAAGAUCCUCUCAUUCUUCACAUCUACUUUUUUCCAGUGAAUGACACUUGUUCAAAAGAGAAAGUUGAGCAUAAUGAAAAAUCAAGUCAUCCGAUCAGCCAUCCCAGACCUAACAAACCAUUUCGGAUGAAAACACCGCACCUUCUUGAGGUUCCUGGUGCUUCUGUCCAUCCUGUAGAAGGGAUUUCAUUUACAACAGAUGUUGAUCCAAACUUCUUCAAGGUCAAACAGCUUCAGGAUGGUGACGUACAAAUGAAUCUUAUCAGAGAGGAGGACAAGAAAUCUGUGUGGACUGCCACAAUAUGGAAAGACGAACUUGACCAAUUAAAUCAAAAGCAAGUCCAAGAUGAGCCGCAACUGAAUUCUGAAAUUGAUAAAGCUAAAUUUUUUGAUAAACACAGAUCGGCUCUCAUUCAAAGGGUUAAAAAUGUGAAGAGCAUUGCAGAUAAACUGCGUGAGCAGAGAAUAAUUCAUGAGGAAUUAUAUUCUGAAAUCACACAUUGUAAUUUAAGCAGUCAGGAUAGUAUGAGAAAGAUCUGUUACACAGUGCAUUCAAGUGGUGUGAUUGCAAAAGCUCAAUUCAUCAUGAUUCUUCAGGAAGAAGAGCCCUACCUCUCUGAAGAACUGGGACGAUUCCAUGAGAGAAUCCGGGAGAAAGAGAAAGUGGUUGAGGAACUGCAUGGCGCUUCUGCGUAUGACCUGUUAAGUUUUGAAAAGAGCUGAAAGAACGGUUGCAGAACUACUCCAGUCAGUCAGUGAGGAAUCCAGUGCUGGGCAACUUUAGUUCCUUUGAACCCCACUGGAAACAGGCUGAGGUACCAGAAGGAUCUGAGUGAAAGGACUAAUUGUAAUUGUUAAAUUAAAUUUAAUAUAUGAUAUUCCAAAAUAUUUUUAUGUAUUGUAUGUAUUAAUGCAUCUCUAGAGCAGAUUGUCUUUGUGAAUGUAUUAUUUCUUCAUGUAGAGUUUCCGGUCUCUCAUUUUCCCUUUUGGACCAGACUCACCGAGCACCACUGUCAGUUAUCCCCUCUUUUCUAAUGCACAAAAGUCUGCCUCUCAGCCGAAAGAAAAACUAGAUAGAUGGCAAAUAGAUAAGAUAGAAGAAAGGGUAAAGUUGUUAUUAUUUGUAUUUAGAAAGGAGUCUUGUAUUGUACAAUUCUACUUAUUACAUACAUUUUCUGUUAUUCUGUGUUCAUACUAUCAUAUUUGGAAAGGUGGUCCUCUGAAUAUUUUUAAACAGUCAUUGGUGGGUCAUGAGUUGCAAAAGGUUGAGAACCCCUGAUCUAUAGCAUUACUGCCUAUUUUCAUGGCAUACCUACAGACAUAAUAGAAAUGCAAUAAAAUGCAUCCGGAAUAGUUUUGUUGCUUGACUGUCUGCUGCACGAGAAGUAUCAACAAUUUACUUAAGAGUUACUACUCACGUGAUUGACAACAAUUAUAUCACAUAUGCAUUAAACGUCUGUGUAUAAUAUAAUGUCUAAUAUAAUGCUGAAGGCCCAAAAUAUAGCCUAGGCCGAACUCCAAAUGAGAUGGGCUUUUUUAAAAGUUGCAAAAACGAGUCUGACUUUCGGUCUACUAUCAAAAGCAUGAUUUAUUAUAAUGGCUAUAGCCUAUAGCUACAUUUUGAGCAGAAGUGGUUUCAGCAAGCUAU